GUGUACUACAGUGAAAAUAUAGUUAGUGUGCCUGUUGCGAUGAUAGAGGGAAAAUGUGAGGUUACAGCAAAGGAUGACCUUCCAAAUUCAAAUCUUCCAGUAGUAGUUGAGCACGCCUUUUACUGUGAACAUUUAUAUGAUCCUGGCACUGGAGCUCUCAAGCAGCUACCGACCAAUGUUAAGCUCACCCUGGCAAGGAAGGCGCCUGCUUCGAGAAAGAAUAAAGGGAAGCAGAUUUGUGACGAUGAGCAAGCCGGUUCUGAUAAACACAAGGAUGAAACACCAGAGAACUGUCUUGCAACCCUUGAUAUUUUUGCUGGCUGUGGAGGUUUGUCUGAAGGGCUGCACCUAGCUGGCGCUUCACGUACAAAAUGGGCAAUCGAAUAUGAAGAACCUGCUGGGCAAGCAUUUCUUCAAAAUCAUCCUGAAGCAGCAGUGUUUGUGGAGAACUGCAAUGUAAUUCUGAAGGCGAUAAUGGAUAAGUGUGGCGAUGUUGAUGACUGCCUCUCCACUUCCGAGGCUUCUGCGAGAGCAGCAAAACUUCCAGAUGAGAAGGUUAAGAAUCUCCCUAUGCCCGGUGAAGUAGAAUUCAUCAAUGGUGGUCCUCCAUGCCAGGGGUUCUCCUGGAUGAACAGAUUCAAGCAGAGCCCAUGGAGCAAGGUUCAGUGCGAGAUGAUUCUGGCAUUCCUGUCCUUCGCAGAGUAUUUCCGGCCAAGGUUCUUCCUUUUGGAAAACGUCAGGAACUUUGUUUCAUUUAAGAUGGGCCAGACCUUCAGACUGACACUAGCAUCGCUCCAGGAGGUGGGGUACCAGGUUCGAUUCUGCAUUCUAGAGGCAGGUGCCUAUGGCGUCGCGCAGUCCAGGAAAAGGGC